GAUACAGAGAUACAUACAGCGAAAUGAUAUGAAAGGUGCUAAGGCCGGAAGUGUUCGGAAAGAGGAAGUUGAGAGUUGUGAGUCAGAGACAAGAAAUUGGUGUGAAGACAGAGAUACACAAAUUAGAGUAAGUAUGGUGGAGUGGAAAAAAGGACAGAGGUAAAAAAUAAAUAAAAAACAACGGAUGAAACUGAACUGGAAAACACAACAAAAAGACAACAAGUGAAGAGGAAAGGAGAAGGCUGAACAUUGCGACAGAUGACAGAGUCGGAUAUGAGAAAACGCUGUGUCGGCACUCUUCUGGUCCUCAUGCUGAUACAGACAGGCAUGACAGACAGUGGGAUUUCUGUAUCUCACAAAUGGCAUGGAGGUUACCUAUCUAUCACCUGUCGUCUCAUGGGGGACAAAGACACUGUUUCUCAGAUCAACUGGGAGAUGACCAGCAGUUCGAACCACACCACCACCAGAUUGAAACUGGGCAUCUUCCACCCCGUGUUUGGUACCUACGUGGUCCCGGAGUACAACGAUACUGUGGAGAUCCAGGGUAACGCCUCCAGCGGCCAUUACACGCUCAGGCUGAGAGGUAGCACUGUGUUGGAGGAGAGUCAGUUCUGCUGUAAAUUCAUGACCUUUCCCUCUGGAGGGCUGGAGCAGUGUACAAAUGCCAGGAUUAAUGAAAGCACAGAGGAGGCCCAGGUGUCAGAAGGCCCACAGGGUUUACUAGAGGAGAGACAAGUGGAGCAGUGGGCUCUGCUAGUAAUGGGACCUACCAUCUGUCUCCUCAGUAUCGCAAUCUCUCUCUACUACUGCUUGAAGUAUUGCUGCAGACACUGCUACCGCAGGAGGCAAGUGUUCGAGGUGGAGACUUAUCUGACAGACCAGCACACAGACUCGGAGGAGGUCACAGAGGAGCCCCCCCAUCAACCCCCCCUUCCCUCACCCCCUCCCCUCCAGCUCCAGGGUUUUGACCCCUCUAAGCUCUACACUAAGAUCAAGCAGGACCUGCUGUAUGGACGACUAUGGAAGGCCUACCAGGGGACAGCUAAGGCCUGGGGCCCCACAACACAGCAGGGUCCACACCAGCAAGGGCCACAACAAGGGGCAAAACUAGGGCCACAAAAGGUCUAUUUUCUUCUGGGGGAUCAUCGGGUGUCACAGAGAGAGGAACCAGAAGAACCAGAACUAGAACCUAAUCUAGAACAAGAACAAGACCCUCAACCAACCCUUGAAGGAACCGUGGAACCACAGACUGAGCUUGAACCUAUCCAUCCAUUAGCCCUGGAACCUGGAACACAGAUGGAGGUUCAAGAACCAGAAUGUAAUUUAGAACUAGAACCCAACUUCCCAUCAACCCUUUCUGCACAGAGGGAGGAACUGGAAUCAGACAUAGGAACAGAGAAAGAGGAAAUUGAAGAAACCAGAGACUAACCCUUCAGCGAGGAGGUUCAUGAAGGGAAGGUGUGUUGUGUUGUUGUGUGUGUGUGCGGGCUGUGCGUGUGUGCGUGUGUACGUGUGUACGUGUGUGUUGGGAGGAAUAAUGCACUGUUGACAUUGGGUGAAUAACCCUGACCUCCUAAGGUUAGCUGUCAAUCAAUACGAUUAAUAAUUAUGGCCCCAGUGGGAAAUUUGUAGUGAAAAUUAAACUCACAGGUAAUCGCCAUGGUUUUUUGUUUACUGUGAACAUCGUACAUGUGGUUAGACGUCUCGGCCAUCACUCAGACAUUUCUCUCUCUCUCACACACACACACACACACACACACACACACACACACACACACACACACACACACACACACACACACACACACACACACACACACACACACACACACACACACACACACACACACACACACACACACACACACACACACACACACACACACAGACACACAGACAGACAGACAGACAGACAGACACCACACACACACUGGUCAAUGGGGUUUGAAGUCUCGGCCAUCGCUCAGAUGUUCCUCACAUUUGAGCUCACAACAGUGUGGCAUACAGUAACUGUAUGAUGUGCGGUGUGAAUAGAACAUUAUGCUUUUAAAUAUAGUAUUGGGUUGCAUGACCUUUAGAUUCUAGAAAAGAGCUGUUAUAGCCAACUGAUCUGUUAUUGUAAGGAGCAAGACAGUGAGUGAUUUUUAUCUUGUGUAUCUGGUUUUGUGAUUGCAAUUUCUGUAUAUAAUGUUUAUUCCUUUGUUUCAAUUAAAAAUCAGACUAGCAAAA